UGUGGCAUUGCUUCUCUCAACACAAAGAUUGUUGGGGGUCAGGCUGCAGUCCCAGGGAGAUGGCCAUGGCAGGCCAGUCUGCACAGAUCCAACAGUCAUUUUUGUGGAGGCUCCCUUAUCAACAAAGAGUGGGUGCUGACUGCCGCUCACUGCUUCCCCAGGUAGAAACACAUAACCUUACCCAUCCCCCAACCCAUAUAUUAUGUCAACGUCAUAUUGUAACAUCUAUAUAUGCUGUAUGCAUAUUGGCAUAGUUUCUACAACUGUCUGGAACUCUUUUGGAGGGAUGUGACACAAUUAUUCCACGAGAAAUUCCAUCAUUUGGUAUUUUGUUGAUAAUGGUGGUGGAAAGCGCUGUCUCAGGCACCGCUCCAGAAUCUCCCAUAAGUGUUCAAUUGGGUUGAGAUCUGGUAACUGAGACACACACACAAACACAACUUUUAACCCCCUAUGCUCCUCUGAGACACCACUUUCAAAGUCACUUCUAACCACUUCUAGCCAUGGUAGCCAAAAUAAUGUGCAACUGGACGUUUUUAUACAUGACCUUGAAGCUUACCGUAUGCUUCCUAGUCAAACAGUUUGCACAUAUAUUAUGACAACAUUUUGUGAUGUUUUUGUUAAUUUUGAUGUUCGGCAGCGUACACAGCGUACAGGUUUUUUUGGCUGUUCAAGUACACCAUUUUUUUUCUUGAGGCAAGCGAAGUCUACGCUCCUUUGUCGGUGAUUGGUCAACAGUAGGGAUUCUUCAAUUAAGUGUGUGUUGUCAUCCAACGACAGACAACUAGUUUUCAUGCAAAAUUUUUCCCUUGAGAAAUACUGCACCAAACAUCUUAGUUAGAUGUAAAAUUGCGCGACUAAGACCUCUGCAAAAACCUCAUAAUUAAUUACAGAUUUCUUGAUUUAUCUUAGAUUGAUUCUGACUAUUUUGAGGAAGUGUUAUUGUAUGUUGUUGCUACAGCGUCUCAAGAGGGACAAACAGUAACAACAUUUUAAAAACACAGACCAUCACAAAAUGUAGGUUUUAAACCAUUUAACCUGUGUUUAUAUUGAACGUCAUCAGUGUUUUUUUUGCUUCAAUAAAGUGAUAAGGGGAAUGCAACUAUAGUUUUUCUUCACACAAAAUACAUUAGUGCAACACAUUGGGCAGAAAAUCGUUUUCAUCAGAUGACAACAGAAGCGCAGCGCUAUUUGGCUAACAGCCACACAAGUAAAUUACAAUGAAAAAGCAAGGUAUUUUUUUCCAAAUACGAUGUAUGGCCAUAAUAUUUAUGAUGUUUAUCAUAGAAAGAAUGUAGCCAGCUACAUUUCCUAAUGUUUUGCUUGAAGUUAGUCUUGCAUUUUAUAAUAAUAAUAAUAUGCCAUUUAGCAGACGCUUUUAUCCAAAGCGACUUACAGUCAUGCGUGCCUACAUUUUUGUGUAUUUUAUGUUGCUACUGUAGAAAAACUACACCGGAGGAAAGUACCAGAGAAAAGUAGCCUACACAUCAGUCAGAGCGCUGUCUGGUGAUCCAAUGACAAGAGCAAAGAUAUUUAAUCUGAGUGGAGAAGUGCAGCUGCAGCGCAAAAGUAGUCAUUUUACAUUUAUAAUUUGGAGCGAACCCUGACUGAAGCUCCAAGCAUUUUAGAUCUACGUUUACAAAAUGCAACAAUAUAUAUUUUAUGUGUUUUAUCUUUCAUUUUCUGCGUGAAAAAUACAAAAUCCUGCAUUAACGCGACCCCUGGUGAUGGGGUGUUAAUUGCUUAAUUAACUCAAAAACCACACCAGUGUGGAAGCACCUGCUUUCAAUAUACUUUUCAGCCCUCAUUUACACACGUGUUUCCUUUAUUUUGGCAGUUACCUGUAUGUGCUUGCUAGUUUGUACUGUACUAGUUUUAAAGUACAGUACUAAUGGUUGUCAAAUAAGUUGUAGCAGUGGUAAUGACUCCAGAGAGGUGACAUUAUCUCUCUAAAAUACAUCACAGAAUUGUGUAAAUGGCAUCAGCAAGCACACUAAUAGUCUAAUUAUCACAUUAAUAAUAGUUAGUCUCAACUCUCUUCAUUCACAGCACCAGCACAUCCGGCCUGCUUGUCUACCUGGGUCGGCAGUAUCAGCAAAGCAACAACUACAAUGAAGUUACCCGAACGGUCUCUCAGAUCAUCCGCCACCCCUAACUACAACAGUGCAACCAGCAACAAUGACAUAUGUCUGCUGAAGCUCUCGUCAUCUGUCACCUUCACUGACUACAUCCAGCCGGUCUGCCUGGCAGCAGUGGGCAGCACCUACUACACUGGCACUACUAGCUGGGUCACCGGAUGGGGCGAUAUCAAUAGUGAUGGUGAGAUCUGAUGGUCCCGACGCUGACUUUGCAUUGACAAGCCAUACAUACCGUUUAUAUGCCUGUACAUACAGUGGGGGAAAAAAGUAUUUAGUCAGCCACCAAUUGUGCAAGUUCUCCCACUUAAAAGAUGAGAGAGGCCUUUAAUUUUCAUCAUAUGUACACGUCAACUAUGACAGACAAAAUGAGAAAAAAAAUCCAGAAAAUCACAUUGUAGGAUUUUUAAUGAAUGUAUUUGCAAAUUAUGGUGGAAAAUAAGUAUUUGGUCAAUAACAAAAGUUUCUCAAUACUUUGUUAUAUACCCUUUGUUGGCAAUGAUACAGGUCAAACGUUUUCUGUAUAUCUUCACAAGGUUUUCACACACUGUUGCUGGUAUUUUGACCCAUUCCUCCAUGCAGAUCUCCUCUAGAGCAGUGAUGUUUUCGGGCUGUCACUGGGCAACACAGACUUUCAACUCCCUCCAAAGAUUUUCUAUGGGGUUGAGAUCUGGAGACUGGCUAGGCCACUCCAGAACCUUGAAAUGCUUCUUACGAAGCCACUCCUUCGUUGCCCAGACGGUGUGUUUGGGAUCAUUGUCAUGCUGAAAGACCCAGCCACGUUUCAUCUUCAAUGCCCUUGCUGAUGGAAGGAGGUUUUCACUCAAAAUCUCACGAUACAUGGCCCCAUUCAUUCUUUCCUUUACACGGAUCAGGCGUCCUGGUCCCUUUGCAGAAAAACAGCCCCAAAGCAUGAUGUUUCCACCCCCAUGCUUCACAGUAGGUAUGAUGUUCUUUGGAUGCAACUCAGCAUUCUUUGUCCUCCAAACACGACAAGUUGAGUUUUUACCAAAAAGUUAUAUUUUGGUUUCAUCUGACCAUAUGACAUUCUCCCAAUCCUCUUCUGGAUCAUCCAAAUGCUCUCUAGCAAACUUCAGACGGGCCUGGACAUGUACUGGCUUAAGCAGGGGGACACGUCUUGCACUGCAGGAUUUGAGUCCCUGGCGGCGUAGUGUGUUACUGAUGGUAGGCUUUGUUACUUUGGUCCCAGCUCUCUGCAGGUCAUUCACUAGGUCCCCCCGUGUGGUUCUGGGAUUUUUGCUCACCGUUCUUGUGAUCAUUUUGACCCCACGGGGUGAGAUCUUGCGUGGAGCCCCAGAUCGAGGGAGAUUAUCAGUGGUCUUGUAUGUCUUCCAUUUCCUAAUAAUUGCUCCCACAGUUGAUUUCUUCAAACCAAGCUGCUUACCUAUUGCAGAUUCAGUCUUCCCAGCCUGGUGGAGGUCUACAAUUUUGUUUCUGGUGUCCUUUGACAGCUCUUUGGUCUUGGCCAUAGUGGAGUUUGGAGUGUGACUGUUUGAGGUUGUGGACAGGUGUCUUUCAUACUGAUAACAAGUUCAAACAGGUGCCAUUAAUACAGGUAACGAGUGGAGGACAGAGGAGCCUCUUAAAGAAGAAGUUACAGGUCUGUGAGAGCCAGAAAUCUUGCUUGUUUGUAGGUGACCAAAUACUUAUUUUCCACCAUAAUUUGCAAAUAAAUUCAUAAAAAAUCCUACAAUGUGAUUUUCUGGAGAAAAACAUUCUCAAUUUGUCUGUAAUAGUUGACGUGUACCUAUGAUGAAAAUUACAGGCCUCUCUCAUCUUUUUAAGUGGGAAAACUUGCACAAUUGGUGGCUGACUAAAUACUUUUUUCCCCCACUGUAUAUCCACCUUUUUUAUUUUUUAUGUUGUACCAAUACAGUUGGAACAGACAAGAAAGGAUCAGAAAUGUAUACAACAGUAUUUCAGUAAAAGUUGAUUUCAUAGUCUCUCCUCCUCAGUGCCCCUGCCCUCACCCGGGACCCUACGGGAGGUGAAUGUGCCAGUAGUGGGGAACAGGAAGUGUAACUGUCUCUAUGCUGGAGUGGGUUCAAUCACAAACAACAUGAUCUGCGCUGGUCUACUGGCUGGAGGAAAGGAUUCCUGUCAGGUGAUGCAUGGCUGUGUUUCAUUCCAAGUAGUUGAAGAGCUAAAGCUGCAGUUUAGCUGCAGUUUGCAGAGCUAUUAUUUAAUGACAAAUAAGAGAUGAUCAUAAACCAAACUCAUGAGAACUUCUGCUGGUAAUUUCAUUGUUCACUGACCCUGAUGAUUAACCUGGUCAAAUCUUGCAUUUCACCUGGGUUGUGGGUUCGAUUCCUACAGGGGACCAGUACGAAAAAAAGUAUGCACUCACUACUGUAAGUCGUUGUGGAUAAGAGUGUCUGCUAAAUCACUAAAUGUCAAAUGAAACUAACUUGUAACAUUUAUCCCUCUACAGGGAGACUCCGGGGGGCCAAUGGUGAGCAAACAGGGUCUGGUCUGGAUCCAGUCUGGCGUUGUGAGUUUCGGACGAGGCUGUGCCGCAGCAAAUUUCCCAGGAGUGUACACCAGAGUGUCCCAGUACCAGACCUGGCUCAACAGCCAGAUCAGCACUGACCAACCAGGCUUCGUCGCCUUCUCCUCCAGUGGGACUGACUCUGACCUCAAUGUCACCUGUAAUGCACUGUCCAGUGGGAACACACUCCUCUCCCUCUCUCCUAUUCUCCUCUCUCUCUCUCUCUUCUAU